AUGAUCUACAAGUCAUGGGAGGGGGCCGAUGGCGAGGUCAAGUUUCACGAAUGUGCCCAUGAGCGAGUUCGGGUUCUCGCAGUCCAAGCUUCUAUUGAGGCUCCAUUAUCCUUCCCAAGAAGAAGAGUUAGGGAUGAGAACAUUUCAUCAUGCGGAUUGGCAUGGAUCAUUGCCUCAAGGGGUGCCGCGGUGGUGUCCACUUCAGCGAUGUUCUUGUCUGCAACCUGUCGGCUGUCGACAAUGGCUUGGAGCGGCCUGCGGACGUUGGGUUCCAGGCUGGGCCCUCGUGAUAGCCACAGCGCGUGCGUUCUGGGCCACCGCAUGUUUGUCUUUGGGGGCAAUGACGGGUUGCGAAAGGUGGGCGAACUCCGAUGGCUCGACCUGAGGACCGGAGAGUGGGCCCGACCCGAGUGUCGUGGAAGCCCACCGCCGGCCUGUGAGAGCCACACAACGACCGUGGUUGGGCCGUUUGGGAACGAUGGCUGGUCGUGUUCGGGACCAGUAGGGAGGGGGAGGCCAAACUAUUUUAACGACUUGCACAUUUUGGAUCUGACAAGCAUGGAGUGGUCGUCCCCGAAGGUUGGGGGUGCCGGCCCCUGGCCCUUGACAGCCACAGCUCGGUGGCCGUUGGAGGGGACUUGGGAGAUAGGUGGAUGCUGGUGGUCCUUGGCCGAGUGCACGCGCGGGUCAUGCUUUCGUGAGUAUUAG